UUUUUUUUUCCUUGGGUCUUCUUUUUUUGCCCCUUCCCUGUUUAUCCUGAAAAGGAUCUGAAGACAGCUUGAAGGAUAAAAAGCCUUGGUGCUUCCCAGGAGCCGAGCCGAGGAGCAGAAGAGGAAGAGCCGGGGGCUGCCGUAGCCUUUGGAGAUGGACGAGCAGCCCAGGCUGAUGCAUUCCCAUGCUGGGGUCGGGAUGGCCGGACACCCCGGCCUGUCCCAGCACUUGCAGGAUGGGGCCGGAGGGACCGAGGGGGAGGGCGGGAGGAAGCAGGACAUUGGAGACAUUUUACAGCAAAUUAUGACCAUCACAGACCAGAGUUUGGAUGAGGCGCAGGCCAGAAAACAUGCUUUAAACUGCCACAGAAUGAAGCCUGCCUUGUUUAAUGUGUUGUGUGAAAUCAAAGAAAAAACAGUUUUGAGUAUCCGGGGAGCCCAGGAGGAGGAGCCCACCGACCCGCAGCUGAUGCGCCUGGACAACAUGCUGCUAGCGGAGGGCGUGGCGGGGCCCGAGAAGGGCGGAGGUUCGGCGGCGGCCGCGGCGGCAGCGGCGGCGUCGGGGGGCGCCGGCUCCGACAACUCAGUGGAGCAUUCGGAUUACAGAGCCAAACUCUCCCAGAUCAGACAAAUCUACCAUACGGAGCUGGAGAAAUACGAGCAGGCAUGCAACGAGUUUACCACACAUGUGAUGAAUCUCCUGCGAGAGCAAAGCCGGACCAGGCCCAUCUCCCCGAAGGAGAUCGAGCGGAUGGUCAGCAUCAUCCACCGCAAGUUCAGCUCUAUCCAGAUGCAGCUCAAGCAGAGCACGUGUGAGGCCGUCAUGAUCCUGCGCUCCCGGUUUCUGGAUGCGCGGCGGAAGAGACGGAAUUUCAACAAGCAAGCGACGGAAAUCCUGAAUGAAUAUUUCUAUUCCCAUCUCAGCAACCCUUACCCCAGUGAGGAAGCCAAAGAGGAGUUAGCCAAGAAGUGUGGCAUCACAGUCUCCCAGGUAUCAAACUGGUUUGGAAAUAAGCGAAUCCGGUACAAGAAGAACAUAGGUAAAUUUCAAGAGGAAGCCAAUAUUUAUGCUGCCAAAACGGCUGUCACUGCUACCAAUGUGUCAGCCCAUGGAAGCCAAGCUAACUCACCCUCAACUCCCAACUCAGCUGGUUCUUCCAGUUCUUUUAACAUGUCAAACUCUGGAGAUUUGUUCAUGAGCGUGCAGUCACUCAAUGGGGAUUCUUACCAAGGGGCCCAGGUUGGAGCCAACGUGCAAUCACAGGUGGAUACCCUUCGCCAUGUUAUCAGCCAGACAGGAGGAUACAGUGACGGACUCGCAGCCAGUCAGAUGUACAGUCCGCAGGGCAUCAGUGAAAUUGCAAGAACCUACUGAUUGUUUGAAUGUUCUGGUGAUGACAGCUACUCCUCUUCCCUUGACUGAAGAAAUAUCUUCCUCUACCUGAAAAGUGGCCUCUCUUCCUCAAUGACACGUAUUGACUUCUGAAGAAAUAAGAGGAUACCUGCUGGCCAAUCAUAUCAGCCAAAACAACUCUGGUGAGCAGUGGGCUGGCAGAUGUUGUAACUAGACGACUGUGCAUUGACAGAGCCCCAAAGCAAUAAUCACUUUCUCUUCCCCACUAUUCCAGCAAUCAAAUAAUCACUUUUCAGCAUUCACUACACACCACCAUAUAAUAUAAACUGUGGUGAGUAGCUAGAUAUAUGACAACCUCUGAACUCAAAAAAUCAUAAUAAAUUAAGAAAGCAAGAGUUGUGCAUGUAAACAGACAACUAACUACAUAGGGGAGAAGACGGUGAACACAUUUAGAGCAUCUCCCAUGUACCAAUUACUGUGUGAGGUGCAGAACUUGUAUUAUUUCAUUGAAUCUCCACCAUAUCCCUGAGAGGCAUUCCUAUUCUUGUUCUACGGAUGAUGAGACUGGGAGUCAGAGAUGUUUAAUAACUUGCCCAAGAGCACAUAGCUACAAAAGUGUGGAGCCUAUUUCAAGUGCAGAUGUGUCUAACUCCAUACAUAGUCUAUGCUCUGUUACUAACCCACACCUGCCCAUGAGAGAAACUAGAGCUCAGAGACAUAGUUUAGUGCAGUUGGAUCAAGACAAGACUCUUUAAAAUACCUAUCAGCAAAACACAUUGAUAAAGUUUUACCAGUUCCAUUAAUUGGUCUGGGAAACAUUUCCAGCCAGAGGAUAAAUGUCUGGAUUCUGGAGGCACGGAUGUGGAGUGGGACUGAUGGCACCCUAGUGGCAGCUCAGCCUUUCUACACAUGUGUUCAUCUGACCAAGUUACUUCCCUUUUCUAGGCUUUUGUGUCAUCACCUAUAAAAUGGAGCAUUUCCAGACUAUCUAACGUUAUUUACACCCCAUCAGUGGGUAGGUAUGUGGUAUAUUAGCUUUAAUGUCAAGCAGAACUGCAUUUGAAUCCUGGCUCCUUCCUCAAGCAAUGGGCCAUUGGGCAAGUCAUUUAAGCAUCUAUAAAAUGGAGAUAAUAAUACCUACCUCAGGGUCUUUGCCCUUAUUAUUCAUUCUCCUUGGGACAGUCUUCCCCAGUUAUCCACAGAGCUCACUCCUUUACCUCUGUCAGGUCUUCAUUCAAUUUACCUUUUAGUGAGACCUUCCUUCACCAUAAUAUCUAAACUUGCAAACCAUCUGGUGUUUUCUAUCUUUUUUCCUCAUUUUAUUAUUUUCUUUAAUUAACACUCAAUACCUAACAUACUAUAUAUAGCACUCAAUUAUUUAUUGCCUGUUUCCCACCUCUAGAAUGUAAGCUCUGUAAGAGCAGGGGUUUUUGUAUUCUUUACUGCUGUAUUCCUAAUUUUUAGAAUGAUUUAGGUGCUUAAUAAACAUUUCUUGCACAAA